AGCUGCUCAGUGAGAUCUUUUUAACAGUUGUUGAAAGUGGUGUUAGUGAAGUUUUUUGAAUCAAAGAGAUGGAGAGAGACUUCUUGGGUUUGAAUGCGAAGGAGUUGCAGGCGGUGAAGGAGGAGAGCAAGGAAGGAUCGCAAGAUUCAGCUUUCAUGAGGGGUUCAGGUCCUUCAGGAAUGCAGUGGCCUUUCUCAAACAAAGUCUCUGCCCUGCCUCAGUUCAUGUCUUUCAAGACUGUGCAGGAAGACAGGGCAAAGAAGAUGAUAUUUGAUCGUCUGGCCUCCUCUGCAUUUAUGCCUACCAUAGCUACAGCAGAUGCUUUUGAUGCUAACCACAAGUCGACUGCAAGCAUAGUCCAGAAAAACUUCAAUUUUGAUAGGCAAGUGGGUACUCAUAAUGCAAUGAACACUUAUGCCGUUCAACAUGUUGAUGUCCAUCGUCCACAAGAAGUUAGGGCCCUUCCUGUCUCUAACCAGACCAUCUCUAUUUCUAUGAGCAAUCCUUUCUUCAAGACCCAUGUUGCUACCUCAAGCCAAAGCUUGGCUCCUACUUCUUUGAAGCAACAACCAGUUGGAGGGAUUCCUGUUACCACCUCACAUGCAAUAUUUCGGGCUUCUGGUUCUAUUGAUCCAAAGAACAUCUCAAAGCCCACUGGGCCACAACUGACCAUCUUUUAUGCUGGUGCUGUAAACGUCUAUGAGGAUGUCUCUCCUGAGAAGGCUCAGGCAAUUAUGUUUUUGGCUGGAAAUGGAGCUUCCAUGAGCAAUAACCAAAGGGCUCAAGUACCUGCACCAACAUCAAUGCCAACAGUGUUUGAAGUUGUUCAUGGGAACCAGUCUACUUCAACUCCACCUUGCUCAGGCCUUCCAAGCCCUAUCUCUGUUACUUCCCAUUCCGGUGCCCAAUCGGGUAGUGGGUCUAGCAACAAUGAUGAAGGGAUGACAACAAAAUCCAAAGGAACUUUGAUUGCUCCUAGCAGCAGCCAACCUGAGGCUCCAGUGAUUGUCACUCCUAUAGCAUCUGCUGCUACUACUCUCAUGCCAGCAGCUGUGCCUCAAGCUCGUAAGGCAUCCUUGGCUCGAUUUUUGGAGAAGCGCAAGGAAAGGAUGAUGACUGUAGCUCCAUACAGCCCAAGCAACAAACCAACAGAAGGCACCACAGCCUCCUUAUCCUUCCCAGACAGCAAGGAGCAGUCAUGGUGUAUGUGCCCAACUAAGAUGGAGGCUAAUAAUGCCAAGUUGCAUUCUACAUAGAAAAGAUGCAAAAACGCUGAGGAGGAUUCUCCUCCUCUCUUUUUCCCCCCCUCUUGUUUUUUCUUAAGCCCCUCUAUUUCUCUUUGAAGAUAAUUAAUUUAGUUUCAAUUCUUUGUCAUUUGAAUAUGAUCAGGAGCCUUUUCAUCCUACAAUACUUCUUUUGGAGAAGUUUGUAACCAUUUUAACUUCCUGUCAUAUUGUAAAAAUUGAAGUAACGUACGCAUAUAACAGCCCAUAUUCCU